AUUAUUGCGGGAGAGGGGAGGCCCAUCUGGUGCAAAUUUGUCAAUUGGGCAUUGAUCUAGGGGAUCUACAUCUUCUGUCUCUAGCUACUUCCUCAAACUGGUGCCCAUUUUCUCAUCACUGUCUAAUCUCUCGUAGUCUCUCUCUCUCCUUGCUGCUGAACUUGUUGUGCUCAUUUUCCUUGCUUCGGUUUAUCCCUGUGGUGAUCCUUCUCUCUGUGUGUGUGUGUGUGUGUGUUCCUGCGUUAAAUUGUUACUAGGCGUGCAUUUGUUCUGUCUUUUUUGGCUAUGAAUCUUGCUUUCUUCUUUACUUUACAAACUCCUGUUCCAUUCCGGUACCCUUCGCUUUGAUUUUCAGCUUGCACUGUUAUUUGGUUUCCUUCUUUGCUGUCUUUUGGCUUUCCAUCUUUCGUUUAUUUUCUUUGAUUUCUUCCUAUUACAAAAGGAUAAAAAGCAAAACAAACAAAUCAACAAAACCCAAAAAAAGAAGGCUAGAAAAAUAUCAAACUUAGUGAGAGAUGUCUGCAGCACUAAUUGCUAUUACCGGUUUGGGGAAAAUUGCGGGUAGUGUUUUGGUAAAAAUCGGAGAUUACGUUGGUGCUCCGAUAGGCCGACAAUUCACGUACAUGUUUUGCUUCAAUAGCAACAUUACAGAAGUUGAAGCUCAAUUGAAAGAGCUUGAAGUGACACGAGAAGGGGUACAAAUGGGGGUGGAUGAUAACCGCAGAAAAGGGAGAGUUAAUGGACCAAAUGUUGAGGCUUGGCUGAAAAGUGCAAAUGAGGUCACAAUUGAGGUUGGGGGAAUUAUCAAAGAGAAGCCCAAAGUCAAGGAAGGGUGUUUGAAUGGGUUGUGCCCCAAUAUCAAACUGCGUUACUCAUUGAGCAGGAAAGCUGUGAAGACGACUGAGGUUGUCAUUGACCUCCAGGCUCAUGGUGUCCAGUAUACACAGACAUCCUACAGCCCGCCUCCUCCAUGCUUGGAGACCAUACUCAAUAGAGAUUUCACUGGGUUUGAGUCUCGAAGCAUUACUAUGGAAGAGAUUAUUAAGGCUCUAAAGCAUGAUCACUUCAACUUGAUUGGGGUUUGCGGAAUGGGAGGUGUGGGCAAGACAACAAUGGUGAAUGAAGUUGCAAAAAGAGCAAAAGAAGAGAAUCACUUUGACGAAGUUGCAAUGGCCGUUGUCAGCAAAGACCCAAACCUAACCAAUGUUCAAGCUUGCGUUGCAGACAUGCUUGGUUUGAAACUUGUUGACAGGGAUAGCCCGAUGGUACGAGCUGAUCUCCUACGUAAGAGACUUCUACAGGAUAACAAGAAAGUCCUUGUUAUACUGGAUGACAUUUGGGAAGACUUUGAUCUACAAGCCAUGGGAAUUCCUUUGGAUUGUGCUAAUAAGAAUUUUAAACUGCUUUAUACGUCGCGAACUCAAGAUCUAUGGCAUGAUGUACGAACUAAAAAGGAGAUCACUCUUCAACUCUUGUCAGAAGACGAAGCAUGGCAACUCUUUAGGGAGAAAGCGGGUGAUUCAGCUGAUGCUCGAGAUUUGCAUCCAAUCGCUAAACAGAUUGUGAAUGAAUGUGGAGGUUUACCGCUUGCUCUAUUACUUAUUGGUGGUGUACUUUCGAAAAAAAGUGGGAGACACCCCAUUAAGGAGAUAUGGGAAGGUAUGCUUGAUCGGCUAAUUUGUGCAAGCCGCACUCCUGCGAAUGAGCAUUUGUUUUCACGUCUAGAGCUGAGUUACAAAUAUUUGGAAGAUGAGGAAGCCAAGCGCCUGUUUUUGCUUUGUUGUUUAUUUAAAGAGGAUGAAGAUAUCCGUAUUAACAAUUUGGCCAUGUACGGAUUGGGGCUAUCACUUUUUGACAGAAUAAAUGAAAUGGGAAAUGCAAGGCGUCGAGUUUUUCUUAUCGUUGAUGAUCUAAAGAGCCGUUAUUUACUACUAGACAGUAAAAAAGAAGAAUGUGUAAGAGUGCAUGAUGUAGUGCGCGAUAUGGGCGUAUCUAUUGCAUCCAAAGAUAAAGUUGCUCUAGUAAGCCAUGGUGCAUUGUCUGGGUGGCCAAAGACGGUCACAUAUGAGCCUUAUACUGCCAUCUCAGUGAUAUCGGACAAAAUUACAAAGCUUCCUGAAGGAUUGACAUACCCAAACCUUGAGUUUCUAAUUUUACGAUGUAGGAAACUUAAGAAACUACCGCCCAAUUUUUUCGACGGGAUGGGGAAACUAAAAGUUUUGGAAAUUGGUCAUUUUGAUGGCAUCCUGACGCUUCAAUCCUUGAGGAACCUUACUAUGUUGUCACUUGAAGGAUCUCAUGGCAUGUUGGAUAAUUUAUCUAUAAUUGGAGAUCUACUUAAUCUAGAAACCCUCAACUUUCGUGAUUCGCGGAUCAGGGAACUACCAGAAGAAAUAGGGAAACUAGUUAACUUGAGGUUUUUAGAUCUGAGGGGCACUACUUGGCUGCGUAGAAUACCGCCAGGUGUCAUUUCAUGCCUGGUUCGUUUAGAAGAACUAUACAUGAACUGGUUUGAGGGUUGGGAAGGAGAGGACAAUGAAGCAGAAGGGAGAAAUGCAAACCUAAUAGAGUUUGAGUCCUUGUCCAAUUUAAAUACUUUAGAGAUUGAGAUAAGAAGAAGAUCAGAAUUUGCACGUGUUGCAUGUAUCCCAACAGUUCCAAUAUUUAGCAAACUGGAAAUAUACAAGGUAUUCAUAAAUAAUUGCCCUCCUGGUUAUGACUAUAAGGCUGACCGUGGUAUCUAUUAUGGUCCAUGCACAGACCACGUACCCAACUAUUCCGAAAACUCCUCUCCUGAAAACUGCAAAAGGAUGUUGGGGGUCAAUGCGUACGAUCUGAUCCUUUCAUAUCGUGGAGGGAUUGAUUCACUCUUAAGGCGUAGUGAUCUUCUAUCGCUUCGAGGGAGUGGAUGUGAUGAUCUGGUGCGGGAGUUACUAUGCCAGGUUCUUGUUGAUGGACUCCAACAAUUGAAGUACCUGUAUAUCUCUUAUUGUCACGUCAAACAAGAAUGUCUUGUCAACGCAAUGAAUCCGGUCCAACUAUCUCGCGCUCCUGCUGUUUUCCCUAUCCUGAAGGUAUUGUGGAUCGAUCGGCUUGCUAAUGUAAGCGAGAUAUAUCGUAGCCCAAUCCCAGCGGGUUCCUUUGGGGAACUGACUUCCAUCCAAGUCACAGAAUGUAGACAAUUGAGACAUCUCUUCCCGCUACCAAUUGUAGGAUGUCUCCCUCAACUCACAGAUCUUAAGAUCCAAUCCUGUGAUAUGAUGGAAGAAGUUAUUUGGAGGGAGCAACGAGAAGAUGUGCAUGUUGCAACCAACAGAAUCGAGUUUCCGAAAUUGGAAUCCUUGUUUCUUUCGAGUCUACCAAGUCUCAAGGGUUUCUGCAGAGGGAUUGAUCAUAUUGAUUUCCCUCAAUUGAAACGUCUGGAUCUCUAUGAACUGGAACGGUUCAACUGCCUCUUCCACAACAGCAGUACUUCCCAUUCAGAGGAAAACGACGAUGCCGGCUUCCUUUCUCUUUUUCCCCAAUUGGUCUCAUUACCGAACUUGGAGGUCGUAAGAGUCGAACGUUUAAAGAAUCUGGAAAGAAUAGGACAUGGUCCACUUUCAAUGGGGUCAUUGUCCAAACUGUUUCGAUUGACCAUGAUAGACUGCAACAACCUACUUUGUGUAUUUCCAUCAGAAUUGCUUCUGCUACUGCGAGAUCUUGAGAUGCUGGAAGUAGGAGAAUGCAAGUUGCUGGAGGUAGUUUUUGAAUUGGAAGCAGGGGUGCAUUCUAAUGAACCAAACCCAGAGAUUCUGUCUCCACUCAAAUUUGUCGAAUUACAUGAUCUACCCAAAUUGAGUUAUAUUUCAAAGAGAGAUCCCAUGGGCUUCCAGUACAUUCAGACUUUAGAAAUUUACAGUUGUGACUGGUUGAGAUAUGUAUUCGCACCUACCAUGACGAAGAGCAUCCCACAACUCCGUACCCUUGAAAUAUCAUCCUGUUGGAUGCUAUCAAGAAUUGUUGCAGAGGAGAAUGGACUGGGUGAAAGUUCAGUGGAUGAAGUUGAGUUCCCCCGGUUGGAAAAAUUAGUGCUUGGUGAUCUACCAAACCUUGUGAAUUUCUUCCCUAAUGUGAAUACUACUCUACCAAAAUCAACAGACCACCCCCAUACCCAAAUGCAAUCUGAACCUCUCUUCAACGAAAAGGUUACAUUUCCUAGCUUGAAGGUUUUGGUACUAGAAGAGUUGCCGUAUGCAAGAGAGAUAUUUCGUAGCCCAAUCCCAGAGGGUUCCUUUGGGGAACUGACUUCUAUCGAAGUCACAAGAUGUAUACAAUUGAGACAUCUCUUCCCGCUACCAAUUGUAGGAUGUCUCCCUCAGCUCACAGAUCUUAAGAUCCAAUCCUGUGAUAUGAUGGAAAAAGUUAUUUGGACGGAGCAACGAGAAGAUGUGCAUGUUGCAACCAACAGAAUCGAGUUUCCGAAAUUGGAAUCCUUGUCUCUUUCGAGUCUACCAAGUCUCAGGUUUCUGUAGAGGGAUCGAUCAUACUGAUUUCCCUCAAUUGAAACAUCUGAAUCUCUGUAAACUGGAACGGUUAAACUACCUCUUCCACAACAAUAGUACUUUCCAUUCGGAGGAAAACGACAAUGCCGGUUUCCUUUCUCUUUUUCCCCACAUGGUAUUGUGGAUCGAUCAGCUUGCUAAUGUAAGAGAGAUAUCUCAUAGCCCAAUCCCAGCGCGUUCCUUUGGGGAACUGACUUCCAUCAAAGUCGCAGAAUGUAAACAAUUGAGACAUCUCUUCCCGCUACCAAUUGUAGGAUGUCUCCCUCAACUCACAGGUCUUAUGAUCAAAUCCUGUGGUAUGAUGGAAGAAGUUAUUUGGAGGGAGCAAC